AUGGAAUCGCCGUGGAAAUCACUGUGGAUUUCUAUUGGACUACAGUACAUGAUAGGCAUACAGAUUUCGAUUUACUUCAUGUCUAUGUGGCCAUAUCUAAGUGCAUUGGAUCGGACAGCAACGGUAGACUUUUUCGGAUGGGUGGUAGCAGCGUGCAGUUUAGGAUGCUCUACGAACCCACUAUUUGGAAUGUGGAACCAGAAAACAAUGGACAUGAAAACACCGAUGGUUGUUGGGAUGGUGAUGAUUAUCGUCGGACAAAGUAUUUAUGGUUUCCUCCCGUUGCUUGAUUCCAAUCAGAAAUGGGUCAUGAUGCUUGCACGGCUAAUCACAGGACUCGGAACAGGAAGCAUAUCUGUACUGAGAGCUUACGCGGCAACCGCUUCUCUGCCUCGUGACCGACUUCGAGUAGUUUCAUUGGGUACUGCCGGAAUGGUCCUCGGUCUUUCUUCUGGACCGGCCAUUCAGGCUGUGUUCACGACUAUUGGUGAAAAAGGUUUCAUGAUUGGUCCGAUGAUUUUCAACAUGUACACAUUGCCAGCGUUCUUUAUGGUUCUUCUUUCGAUCAUCUGCUCCAUCGUCGUCAUUACUGUAUUCGAGGAAGACUAUGUUGGGAUUAUCAAGCAGGACGAUAGAGAGGGAGAUUCAUAUGUGGUCAUACCAAACUUUGACCUGUUACCGGCGCUGAUAUGUAUUUAUCUUUGGAUUAUAACGUCGAUGAAUGAGAUUAAUAUAGCAGUCAUAUCAACACCGUGGGCGAGUGCCAUGUAUAAUUGGAAGGAUUCCGAUGCGGUUCUCUACAACGGAAUCUUUCAGACAUUGUCAUGCUUGGUAUCAGCAGGGAAUAGUGUCAUAAUUGGUUGUACACCCGUAGGAAAUAUCGAGAAACGGAAACAAAUCAUAUUUGGUGAAAUCAUGUUCCUGGUUUUUCAUAUCAUCGCGUAUCCAUGGCCAUUCUAUGAUGGACCGUUGACAUAUAUUCCUGUCGGCAAGAACUCGUCCGAAGUGGGUGGUUGCCUUCCCAGUUAUGAUUGGUGUGACACAACGGUUCGGGUUCCGUUGCCGCUUUUUGUCAUUUGUAUGGUGUUUGUUUUUGGCAUAGCCUUUCCGUUUGCUGGUUCGCCAUCCGGCGCACUUUUCUCGGAAAUUCUGGGCCCACGAAAACAGGGUACGAUGCAAGGAUUUUACUCCUUUGGAGGUAGUGUGGCCCAGUUUGUUACACCAAUCUUCACAACAUAUCUAUUUCAACACUCCGGUUAUAAGUACAUUAUGAUCAGUCAAAUAGUUACGAUCGGAUUCGCUUUAAUCUUAUUGAUUGCGUUUUAUAACCGAUUGGUACCAUUGAAGCUGAAGCGAAAAGCAGGAAAGGCGAUGAAGUAUAAACGUGGAGUGGUUUAUAUUCUAUAA